UGGCAAUCCGGGGCUUUGUAAUGACAAGGAAGUAACCUCACAAUCCUUAUCUGUGUCUAAGCAUGAAGCUACAGUUUGACACAAUAUUCUGCAGCAGGUUUGGUUUAUUGAAAUCAUCACCAACAUGAAGAUGCUGACUGUGGCUGCCCUUCUUUGUGCCAUGAUGGCUCUGACCAGAGCUGCUGUAAAGAGUCACCUGGUCAAGAGGGCGACAUCUUGUCCCAGCGGUUGGUCUGAGUUCAGAGGUCGCUGUUUCCACUAUUUUCCAAGAGCCAUGACUUGGUCUAAUGCUGAGAGAAAUUGUCAGUCCCUGGGUGGGAACCUUGCAUCAGUGCAUAACGUACAGGAAUACCAUGAGAUUCAGAGGCUGAUAAUGAGCACCAGUUAUGAGUACAAAGAAGCAUGGCUCGGAGGCUCUGAUGCACAAGAGGAGGGUGUUUGGCUGUGGAGUGAUAGUUCACUCUUCUCCUACCAGAACUGGUGUCCUGGAGAGCCUGACAACUGGCGUAGCAUUCAGCACUGUCUGCAAAUGAACUAUGGAGAAGGAAAAUGCUGGGAUGAUGUUGGGUGUUCUAGCCUUCGCCCAUUUGUCUGCAGCAAGAAAAUCUGAUGAUUCCUGGGCUGACACAGAGGCAUCAAGUACCUGUGGAGAGCACAAAUACGUUUUUGUGUCAUGAAUCUCAUAUAUAUAACCUAAAGGCUCUAUAUCUCAUUUCAUAUCUUUAUCUUUUCUAUCGCUGUAACGCUACCAAAGGAUUGAAGAGACAAGUGACAUACAGGAGCUGGAUUGUCUCUUAGGCCUAAGAGCAGACUGAACGAGUUAUGAAAAUAAUGCUUUUAGCAAAACUUU